AUGGCAAGCACAUUGAAGAAGAUAUUUGUGAUCCUUUAUGCUGGAGAAUUCAUGAUGGGGAUUUUGGGAAAUGGAUUCAUUGUAUUGGUUAACUGUAUUGACUGGAUCAGGAGCUGGAAGUUCUCCUUAAUUGACUUUAUUCUCACCUGCUUAGCUAUUUCCAGAAUACUUCUGCUGUGCAUAGUAAUUUUAUUUAUAGGCUUAGAUGUAAAAUAUGAGAAAAUACAGUACAAUGAUGAUAAUCUACUGAGAAGUUUGGAAAUCCUCUGGACAGGAUCCAAUUACUUCUGCACAGCCUGUACCACCUGCCUCAGUGUCUUCUAUUUCCUCAAGAUAGCCAACUUUUCUAAUCCCAUUUUCCUCUGGAUGAAAUGGAGAAUUCACAAGGUGCUUCUCAUUCUUGUGCUGGGGGAAGCCUUCUCUUUCUGCUUGUGCCUUCUCUUUAAGGAGACAGUAGUUAGGAGCCUGAUCAAAAACCAGGAAAACACUGAACGAAAUUUGACGUGGGACUUCACAGUGAGAAAAUAUGAUUUAUUAACUUCUCAAAUGCUCCUUAACAUAAUGUUCCUCAUCCCCUUUGUAGUGUCACUGGCCUCUCUACUCCUUUCAAUCCUGUCCUUAUGGAGCCACACCAGGCAGAUGAAGGGCACAGGUUCUAGGGAUUCUAGCACAGAGGCCCAUGUGAGAGCCAUGAAGUGUAUGAUUUCAUUCCUACUCCUCUUCUUCAUCUACUAUUUGACUAACAGUAUAAUAAAAUCAGCCUCUGCCAUUCUAGACAGUUUUGUGGCAAAGAUUUUUGCCUAUGUGCUCGUAUUUUUCUAUCCAUCUUUUCAUCCAUUCCUUCUGAUUUUAUGGAACAGCAAAUUGAAACAGGCAUCUCUCAGUGUCCUGAGGAAGCUGAAGUGUUGUAUGAAUCUAAGGAAAGCUACAUCCCCAUAA